AUCCAAGUUACGAAUUUGCCCACCCAUCGGCAGUUCUUUUUUGGCCCCUCAGCUCAGAACUUUGGUAUCUGCCUUCCUUGUUCUCGUAACUCUAUGCACAAGACAAUACAGCCUUCUUUUUCUCAACAUAUGAACACUUUAAACGAUUUGCUACUCUUACUGCUCUUUUUCUUAGGGUUUACCCAGACCACCAGACUCUUCAAAACGUACAAUGGCCUCCAUUAAUGGCAUAUUUUUCAAGCACUGAGGUACGUAAACUGCAGUCUUUCGCAUCUCUGGAAGGUCUUCAGGGCUUCCCUGCUCUGCUAUUUUCUCUUCCACACCAAUGGCUUGGGGUUUCAUGUCAAGGGAAGUUGUGAGUCUUGUUCUUAACCAAUCAUCUCAAUGGUGAAUCUUGAUAGUCAAGAUUGUAAUUUUCUCCUACACAUUGUUGACUUGUAAGUACAAUAAUAAUGUCCCUAUUGCUAUCGUCUGUCUAUUCCCCAUAUUAAAUGCGUUGGUUUCUAUCUCAAAAGGAGGAGGAAAGAAAAAAGGGGUUUGUUUAGAUUACGCAGGAUGAUGAUGCUGUUUUUGAUCGGACAAAGUUAAGAGGAAUAGAUGGCAUUUUUUUAUUUUGCUUAGUUGCUAAGGUGUCUUGGACUCGAUGCCAAAUAAAGCUGAAAAAUAGUCCAAUGACACAACAUUCUCACUCCAUGCUUUCCUCUGUACCAUCUUCAUCUUCUUCACCGCCUUAUAAUAGUGACUACCAAAAACAAUCAACCCCAUCAACAUCAUCUGGUAAUAAAAUAAGUCCUGCUAUCCUUUUUAUCAUAGUUAUUCUAGCUGCUAUAUUCUUCAUAUCAGGUGUUCUUCAAUUGCUUAUUAGAUUUUUUAUAAAAAAUAGAUCUUCUUCCUCAGUAUCUGAAUCCAACAGAUACCCAGAUUUGUCUGGGUCUGAGGCUUUUCAGAGGCAGCUACAACAGCUUUUUCAUCUUCAUGAUUCAGGUCUAGAUCAAGCGUUUAUAGAUGCUCUCCCCGUGUUCCUUUAUAAAGAAAUAAUGGGUCUAAAAGAGCCGUUUGAUUGUCCUGUUUGUCUCUGUGAAUUCUCGGAAGAAGACAAGUUGAGAUUGCUUCCCAUGUGUAGUCAUGCUUUUCACAUUGAUUGUAUAGAUACAUGGUUACUAUCCAACUCAACUUGCCCUCUUUGUAGAUGGAACCUAUACACACCUGGUCUUGACAUUGAAAGCCCAGUUUUUGACUUUGAAUAUCCAAGGGAAGAAGAUGGGUGCUCCGGGAACGUAGGAAGUGGAGUUUCUAAUGGCUCAAAACCAGAAGAAAAUGAAAUUAUUGGUGAGAAAAGGGUGUUUUCUGUUAGGCUUGGAAAGUUUAGAAGCUCAAAUGUUGGAGGUCGAGGUGGAGGAGUAGAGAAAAGAGAUGGAGAGGGUGAGAGUAGUUGUAGUAGUAAUAAUUUGGAUGGAAGAAGAUGUCUCUCAAUGGGGUCAUACCAAUAUGUGGUUGGUGAUUCAGAAUUGCAAGUGGUGUUAUACCCCACUAGAGUUGGUGGUAGUCCUAGUUUAAGGCUGUUGAAAGGAAGAACUGGACAAGUUGAGAAUUCCUCAUGUGAUGUUGAUGUUGAGGGGAAGAAGAUUAACAUUAGAAGUAAAGGCGAGAGCUUUUCCGUUUCUAAGACAUGGCAAUGGUCUAAGAAGGGCAAAUACCCAAGUUCGUCUGAAACCCAUAUGGGUUCUCAUCCUGUAACUAGAGGUUUACCGUAGACCAACUUAACCUAGGGUUCAUGAAGGUAUUCACUUUGUACUUUAAUCAAACAAUGAAUGGACCUAGCUUUUGCUUUC